CUUUUUCUUCUUCUUUUUCUUGCUCCUUUUUUUUUGGUGGUGGAGCUUCUUCAUCAUCUGCACCCGCUUCGUUGUUCUGUCUGCUUUGGCAUAUAUAAGCUUAGAAAGCCAAUGAGUUUUGGGCCAUAAGCAUCAAUGGAGGCAUCCUGUUUCCUAACCUGCAAAUCCUUCAAGCCGAAAUCGCCAGUCCUCCACAAGAAGAGGUCCGGUCAAGGUUUCCAUGGAAGCGGUGGCACCUCAUCUUCAACUGUAACUUGCUGCAAUCUCAGGCCUCAGCCACAGGACGAGGACGGCGAGCUAGUGAUCAGAUCAGACUGGAGAUCCUUCAGGGCAAGGCUGGUCGCCGGCGAGCAAGCAUCCAGUCUUGCCGCAUCGCUUGCUCUAUGCGGCAUGGACCGAAGCCCAACGCCUCCGGAGCCGGUGGGCGACAAGUGGGCGCACCUGCUGCACGAGCCGGAGCGGGGCUGCCUCCUCAUCGCCACCGAGAAGCUGGACGGCGUGCACAUCUUCGAGCGUACCGUGAUCCUCCUCCUCUCGGCCGGCCCGCUGGGGCCGACCGGCGUCAUCCUCAACCGGCCAUCGCUCAUGUCCAUCAAGGAGACGCCCUCGGUGGACCUGGACGUGGCGGGGGUGUUCUCGGACCGGCCGCUGUUCUUCGGCGGGCCGCUGGAGGAGGCGUUGUUCCUGGUCGGCCCCCGAGGAGGGGAGGACGGGGUGUUCGAGGAGGUGAUGGAGGGGCUGUACUACGGCACCAAGGAGUGCGUGGGGUGCGCGGCGGAGAUGGUGAAGAGGGACGUGGUGGGGGCGGGGGACUUCAGGUUCUUCGAUGGCUACUGUGGGUGGGAGAGGGAGCAGCUGAGGGACGAGAUCAGGGCGGGGUUUUGGAGGGUGGUGGCCUGCAGCCCAAGUGUGGCAGGCGUGGCCAGUGUGGGGAGUCUUGGGCUGUGGGAGGAGGUUUCGGGACUUGUGGGCGAAAGGAAGGUUUGGUGACUUGUCUCUUCUCUCGCUCUCCUCUCUCCUCAUGUUGAUGAUAUGAUGAUGAUGAUGAUGAUGAUGAUGAUGAGGCAGCUCUUUCUCAUGUAAUCUUUGCAUUGUGUAAGGAUUGGACAUAGCAAUCAAUCUAUUGAUUUCGCCCUUGAGGAAGAA